AUGCCACCACCUGCGCUUGCAGGCGGGCUCCGACGGCUUGCUGCUCGCCUCGCUUCGUCUUCGUCUUCGUCCUCGUCCAUCUCACACACUCCCAACUUCUGCUGGCAGCCCAGCCGCCGCCUUGUCACGACCAGAUCCAGCUACUUCAGCCCCAACGUGCUGCUCGACGCAUCUGAUGUCUUCCACAAGGGCGUGGCCCUGCGCACUUCCCACGCCUCUCCUCCUCCUCCAGCCCCUGUGGCCGGCCUCGAAUGUCAUUCACCAAACCAACGCCCAUCGUCCUCGCAGCCCACGCCGCAGAUCCCGCCUCAUCGCCAGCGACAAGCAGCCAGGCGCGCCGCCGCCGCACAGGCAGACCCGCCGUCUGCCGUCCUCCCCCAGAAUGCCUCCGACACCCUCACCACCCUCGCCGCCUCCCAGCCCGCCAACUCCCUGCGCCGCCAGCUCUCCGCCCUGCUCUCCCUGUCUAAACCACGCCUGACCGUCCUCGUCGUCCUCACUGCCAUGGCCCCCUACGCCCUGUACCCGGUGCCCGCCUUCCUCUCCGCUUCUCUCGCCGACACCCCCUCCCUAUCGCCACUCACCCUCCUGUUCCUUACAACCGGCACCACCCUCUGCUCCGCCUCUGCCAACGCCCUCAACAUGCUGUACGAACCCUCUACCGACGCCAAGAUGUCUCGGACUCGCAAUCGCCCGCUGGUGCGCAACUUGCUGUCUACUCGAGCUGCCGUCUUGUUCGCAGCUGGCUGUGGCCUCGUUGGGACAGCAGCCCUCUACUGGGGCGUCAACCCCACCGUGGCUUUCCUCGGCGCCGCUAACAUCGCCCUCUAUGCCGGUCUCUACACCCCCAUGAAGGGUAUGCACUGGCUGAACACAUGGGUCGGUGCCUUGGUGGGCGGCAUCCCCCCACUGAUGGGCUGGGCUGCAGCCGCCGGCGAGAGCGCUACCGCCGACGGUACCUUCCGCGAGCUGCUGUUCAAGUUCGCAGGCGACGGUACGUCUAGCGCGGGGGGCUGGCUGCUUGCUGCGCUUCUCUUUGCCUGGCAGUUCCCCCACUUCAUGGCCCUGUCCUGGGCGGUGCGCGACGAGUACAAGAACGCCGGUCUGAAGAUGCUGUGCUGGGUGAACCCGGCGAGGAACGCCAGGGUUGCGUUGAGAUACAGCCUUGUCUUCAUACCCAUUUGUGUGGGCCUGUGCGCGUACGGGGUGACGGAGUGGACCUUUGCGGCGACAAGCCUACCCGUGAACCUGUGGCUGGUCAGAGAGGCAAUCAAAUUCCACCGGUUCGAGGGUCACAAGGGAAGUGCCAGGGGACUAUUCUGGGCAAGUGUCUGGCACUUGCCUGUGGUCAUGGGCCUCGCCCUCCUACAGAAGAAGGGCAUGUGGCAGAGGGUGUGGGCGAGUGUCGUAGGCGAGCCAUUGGAUGAAGACGAGUGGGAAGACGUCGACGAUGACACCGGCGUUCUUCCUGUUCCGACUCCGGUGAGAAUACCCGUAGGAGGUCCCUCUGCCCAAGAGAAGGGACCAUGA